AUGCUCGACAUGAACCCACAAACCCUCGUUUCACUCGGCUUUGCAAUUGCCGCUAUUUUUCUCUUCUGGACUCUAUCCUCCACCACCACGUCGCCUUUCGCCCGCACAUUCCCGCAGCUGUACAACAAGCGAAUAUGCUUGUUGAUCGCGCACCCGGACGAUGAAGCCAUGUUCUUUGCGCCGACUCUACUCGCGCUGACGAAGCCAGAACUUGGAAAUCACAUCAAAAUUCUCUGCAUCAGCAGCGGAGACGCCGACGGCCUUGGUCAUAUCCGCAGAGACGAACUAACGAAAAGCGCCAAACGCCUCGGGAUCCGGAACGACUCAGACGUCCUUGUUCUCGAUGACCCGCGGUUCCAGGAUAGCAUGUCAAUUGAGUGGACGAAAGCCGACGUCGCGUCUUUACUUACCGCAACUUUCGCACCAAACAACACCGCCGGGAGCACAAAGGCCACGCGCAAGAAGAAUAAGGAUAAUCAGUCCGCCCCGACCGCAACGAUCGAUGUUCUUCUCACCUUCGAUGCAGGCGGUAUAAGCAAUCAUUUGAACCAUCGCUCGCUGUAUCACGGCGCGCUACACUUCCUGACCACACUCAUGAAAGACGCGCCGGGUUAUUCUUGCCCCGUAACAAUGUACACGCUUACAACGACAAAUCUGCUGCGGAAAUAUAUCGGGGUAUUUGAUGCGCCAUUUACGAUGGCGAAGGGGGUAUUGGAUGGGCUGUUUUCGUUCUUCUCUGGAAAGAAGGGCUCGGGGAAGAAGGAGGAUUCGCCGUCAAGGAUGCUGUUUGUUAGCUCCGUGGGGGAGUGGAUGACGGCGCAGUCGGCUAUGGUCAAGGCACAUAAGAGUCAGAUGGUCUGGUUUCGGUGGGGUUGGAUUGGGAUUGGGAGGUAUAUGGUUGUUAAUGAUUUGAAGAGGGAGGGGGUGUGA